AUGACUCAUUCGAGGAAAGACAACUCUUUGUCCAAACGGUUCCCUGGCGCCAUCUUCAAAACGAAGAUCGUCAAGAGCAUGGAUGGAACAAUUGCUGAUGUGUUUCAUAAAGAGGUGUAUAGAUGGAGGACGGGGGCUGCAAUAAUCUGGUCAGUCAUCACAGUGCCUGUUGUAUUUGGUGUGUACGUGAUGCUGGCUUAUGUGGAUGUCCUCCACCCCUCACAGUGGAUCUCAGGAAGCCUCUCCACACUGUUCUCUGUGUUUUUUGUCCUCAUCUGUUUCGUACUCCUAGCACUAACAGGUCUUUGGUGUUGUCUCUGUCUUCCUACAUUCACAGUUGAGCCUGAGGUCUCUGGCACCCCUCUACUGCUGGCCAUCAGCAUGUGUUCCCCUCAGAAGCUGGGCUUUGGAUUGGUUUGUUUCCUUGUUAGUGGGCUGAGCUCUCUGUUAUGUACGGGGAUCCUGAUGGGACGAUACCAGGACCUGACUGUCUGUACCAAUAGAGAUUUUUGUGUACUGAAUGAGCAUCACCUGUUCCUGGUUCUUUAUGGUUGUUACACGGGAGUCAUUUUCUACCUGUUCCAUUUCCUUAAGCAGAACAACUAUUUACAGUUUAAUACUAUACAGCAAUCCAAGUAUUUCCAAGUCCGGAGCCAGAUUCUUCCUCUCCUACAGACUUCAUUUCACUGUGUCCUGCAGCAGACCAUUUAUUUCUAUCCACUCUACUGGCUCUUUGGACAUAUUCCCACAGGUUGGAUAGUUCAUAGUCUGGGAUUAAGAAGGAGUGCAUUACCAUUGGACUCUAUAUAUGGCUUACUAGACAUGGGUCUUCUGUGGCAGACAGUAUUGUGUGGACUGUUAGUACAUGUGUCCUGGAGUCUAGGAUCACUUUUAAUUAAAGUUUAUAUCACUGAGCGAUACUGUUUCCCUAUUGAGAGUAUGUUGAAUGAGAAGAAGAACCAGUGUUUGAUAGAUGCUCUACAGUGUGACCAAAAUAUUAUUGUCAAGUAUCUGGGAUACUUGGACCUCUGUCUGUUGUCCAAACACUCACCUGAGAGACGACAGAUCACCUUCAGUCUCAGCCAACCAGGAGGACAUCCCCACAACUGGACAAAGCUCUCCACUUCCUGUCUGUCAGUUAUUACAGCCCUUAGUGAGAAAAUCCAAGACGCGAAUUGGCAGGUGUUCUCUCAAGCCUCUAUCAGGUCUGAGGACAUCAGAAAACCCCCAGGGAACCAACAUGGAUCAACAUUGACUUAUAGAGGUGACAAUGUUACUAAGGAAACAGCACCACCACAGCCAAUCAGAGAGGCCUCUUCUUUCUGGAGGACAAAGCCAAUAAUUAGUUACUUCCUGACUGAAUUCCCUGACGCCAAAAGUAGGAAGUUAUUUGCCUCAGCUCAGCUUGACAUUUGGGCUGUAGAAGCAUUAUGUCAUCUUGUGGCAACCUCCUAUACAGAAGAUAAAUAUGGGGUGGUUCAAAAGUCACUACCACAAAUUCUUACUGCAGUAAUUAAUCUUCAAGAGAAUGUGGAGAAGCAUAUGAAGCUAGCCUCCUCCGGACGACGAAUUAGUGGGCGGGGCGCCCUAGACCUACCCCUAAAGUAUGUUCUACACAGCUCACUGAAGUCUUGUAUUUACAGAAUCAUCAAUGUUUUUGGUGUUCAUUUACUAAAUUUAGAUUUACCCAGUGAUACAUCAUACAAACUCAAGCUGUUUAUGGAUUUCAAAGAGUGACUUUGUGAUCAGAACUUGUCUGCUAGAUGUAUUCAGAGAUGGAUGUACCUGGAUUUCUAGAAUGGUGCUGAGAGGAAGUGUGUUAACAUUGGUGACUCGUCACAGACACCAUUAAGUCUGCCGGACUUUAAACACACCCAGAUAAUUAUUGUUUCCUUGUCAACUUGUAACAAUGAUAGGACAAAAUAUGUACAUGUGAAUUGCUUGAAAGAUCUGGGGGAAAAUCUUGACAUAAAAAUUAUUCUAAACUGUGUUCAUUGUCAAAAAAGAAUCUAAUUGGUCUGCAUAAAUUUCAUACAUGUAAACUCAAUUACAUAAAUCUUUAAGUGGAAUCCAUAGGUGGCAUAAAUUUUUGGUAACUAUUUCAGAGUAUCAAAAAUAAAUUGUAAAUCUGUUA